AUGUCGGAAGGCGCGUUCGACCGUCGCGGGUGCAGCUUCGCCGCCGACGUGGACGCGGCCAUUGAGCGCGUGGUCCGCGACUUGGAGGGCCGCGACGUGGCGCUGCGGCUGGACGCUCUGCGGGCUCUGAGCGCCCACGCGCGACUCGCGUUCGAGACGGCGCGAGCGCGCGAACGGCUCGGACAACACCCCGUGGCGAUGGAUCUGAUCACGGGCGUCACGAGUCCGUCGCCGGUGUACAAGACGCUGGCCGAGACGCUGACGGUGGAAAGCUGCGGCUGCGUCUACGACGGCCGGCGGGACGUGGUCAUGACCACGAGCGUGUGUUGGCCGUUGAGGCGCUCGAGAGCGAGCGUUAAGAAGCGCAAACAGACGGCAGGUACGUGUGCGACGGACGGCACGAAGAAGAUGUACACCAACUACAGGUUCGAGAGGACGAGGAGGCGCGAGGCGGAGGAGGAGAGAGAUGGAGUCGAUGGGGCCGAGUGGUCGCUCGUCAAGUUCUCGCUCGUGGUGGCGUUUGGCGACGACGAUCCGUCGCCCCGAGAGCUGCUGUACUUUGAACUGGCGUGUGAACAUUCGUAUCCCAAGAGUCACUACGAGGAUCAACACGGAUCGGUGCUGCUGUCGAGGGAAGGCGAAGAAGAAGAAGAAGUGGAAGGCGAAGGGGAAGACGAGCGAGUGGAUGAGCGACUGGAUGGUGACGAAGCGUGCAAGAAGAAGGAGAAGAAGGCGGAGGGGAAGGAGGACGACGAGCAGGUGGUACAGAAGAUCAACGUGAAGGCAGUGGACGAGGCAAAGAGAGACGACGACGAGACGUUUGGGGAGGAACAGCGCGACUUUCGCUUCGACAACGGCGUGCUGGCUGACAUGGCCGAGUGGAUGCGACCGUCGGGCGAGGACGACGAGCUGGAUCCCGUCGACGUGGUCGGGUUUUUCUUGGCGCUGCCGGUGUAUGAGGACGAGUGGCUUAUCGACGAGCGCGUGUGCGCGAUUCUGUUUCCAGAUGGAACGGAAGGUGACGGUCGCGAUGAUAGUGGAAGCGAGACCGAGGAAGAGAACGCUGAUGGAGCAUCGAAACCGAUGCGACGGUAG